GGUAAUCAGUCAUUGGAUCGUAUUGAGUGUAAUGUGAGAGAGUAUCCACCAAAUGAGCAGUUGAUAUUGAAUGUUUCACAAAGUAUUUUUGAAACUGUUAACCAGUUAGUUUCUGAAGAUUUUCAACAGCUUAACAUUUCAGAAUUUAGGUUCUGUAAUGAGAGCUACACUACAUCAUCAGUGUAUGGUAAUCAUACCUGGCCUGAGACAGCCUUGACUAGUACCAGUGGUUCUUCUGUUUCACUAUCUUGUAACUUUCGUUCUGGUUUUGUCACUCGAAUUUGUCGUGUUACUGGUUGGGAUGCUCCUGACUACAGUCAGUGUGGAGCAUCUUCAAUUCCAAUAACACUCUCAAUUUUUGAUGUAUUAAAUGGCGAUGUACUUGUCAGAGAAUCUUAUGCAAUAAAUCAAGGAUAUGCCUUUGCAUUGAUAUGUGGAAGCCCAAUAGGAGAAGAGUUCAAGUGGUUUGAUUCAAAUGGAAAUGAAGUUCAAAAUUUAACCAAGUUCAUGAACUCAAGUUUCACAUCAACCAAUGAUGGAAGAAGACUCCUUAAUGAAGGAGUCUCCAUUUCUGACUUCAAAGGACUCUAUUCACAUAGAAACAUUGAUAUGGAACUUAACUUAGUAGAUGUAACAUAUUUAUUCAGUUACAUUGAUUUUUACGGGGACGGUGAUUUUAUACUACCUGGUACAGCAAAUAUCUCUGGAACAUACACAUGCAGAUCUUCAUCUGGGAAUUAUUCUCAAACAAUUUCAGUCAAUACUAGAAAUCCCAGUGGCUUGUUUUCUCGAUUCUUCUUCAGGUUCACUGCUUUCUUUGCUAAUAUAAGUCAAACAGUUGUUGAUGAUAAAGACUAUGAACUUGUAGUUCUUGAAGCAAAUAUAUUUUAUGGUGGUGUUGUUGAUGGUUUCAAUUCAACAAUAAAUCCGAUUAGGACGAUAUCUUGUCACUUUGUUCCACUAAUGGAGGAGGAUGGCACUGGUGAUCGUGUGGAGUGUGAUGUGAGGGAGUAUCCACCAAACAGUUCAUUUAAGAGGUUGUCCAAUGACACUGGCUCUAACACUUAUUCUUCGAGCACCUUUGAAUCAAAAGACAACACUUUAAAUGAGAAAUCUGUUCUAGCCAAGUUGUCAGAGGCUGAUAACGAAAAUGCCCUUCCUCCUCUGGUUGAAGAAGAUGAUGAUGGCCCAGCUGAUCUUGAUAGUGAAAAGAAAAAUGGUGACUUGGAUUUGGUUCAACUCAAAGGAGCUCGUGUUAAGCGUCAUUCAACUCGUAAGCACACUCGUCAUGUUGAGCAAGUUGAUGUGGAUUUCUAUGACAGUGAUGAAGAAGAUGCUUAUGAGGACAAAUUUUAA